AUGAGAGUAGCCUACUCGAAUGUCAGAGGUUUAAGAAGAACUCAAGCCAAAGACAAACUUAGGAGUUUGGUACAACAAUUCAGUCCUUCUCUUUUAUGGGUAGCAGAACCUAAAGUAAAGAUGUCUAAUAGUAUUUUAAAACAGUUGAAGCUACCAGGGAUGUGUCAGAUGAUUAUACAUAAUUCAAGUGAUUCAGUAAAGGUAAUUUCUUCUACAAGACAGGCUAUCACAUUUCAAGUUGGAGAUGUUUUAGUUACAAGCAUUCAUACUGCUUGCCUUACAAUUGAUAAAAGAAUUUUAUGGGAGGAGCUUUUAAAUAUAAAUAAAAGGAAUUUACCUUGGAUGGUUUUAGGAGAUUUUAAUGUGGUGUUAUCUUGUGAAGAACAGAAAGGUAGAAGACCUCCUCUUAGAAUAGCUGUGCAAGAUUUCAGAGACUGUUCGAAGUCAUGCAAUCUAAUUCAAGCACACAGAAUUGGAAUUAAAUUCUCAUGGUGCGAUAACAGAGUGGGGAAGACGAGAAUACUGUGUGACUUGGAUAAAGCUUUUUACAAUUUAAAAUGGCUGGAAAAAUUUGAUACAUGGAGUUACAAAGUGGGAGUUAGAGGCACUUCAGAUCAUGGAGCAAUAUUGGGAGGGGUUACUCAAAAUGCCAAACCAAAGAAUAUUCCUUUUAGAUACCAAUCAGUUUGGACCACUCAACCUAAUUUUCUAAGUGUUAUACAAGAGUCAUGGACGGAGGAUUGUGAAGGAAAUCCAGCAUUUUGUUUUAUCGAGGAGGUUGUUCUUGCUGCUUCAUUGGAAUCAGAUGUUGAUCCUGAGAACAUUGUUCUAUUAGAUAAAUUAGUAACUACAAGGGGGAUGCAUGAACUGGCAGCUCAAAUUAGAAAAGCACAGAACGAUAUAAAUGAAUUGGAGAAUGCAUAUGGCAAUCUAGUUACCACUCAAUAUCAAAUUGAUGAUACUCUUGUCACUUAUUAUAAGAAUAAAUUUGAAGAGAAGCAAGUUGAUUUUGUGGAAGAAUUAUUUGAGGCUAUACCAAAAAUUUUAACUGAUGAGGAUAAUUUUUUUCUGGAUGUUAUUCCUAGUCAAAUGGAAAUUAAGGAUGCAGUUUUUGGAAUGGAUGCAAACAGUGUUCCUGGGCCAGAUAGAUUCCCUAGUAGUUUUUAUAGAUUUGCAUGGACAGUGGUGGGGACUGAGUUAGUGGAAGAUAUACAAUACUGCUGUAGAAACAUAUUCAUCCCCAAAGGUUUUAAUUCUAACUUCUUAUUUCUUUUGCCAAAAGUUCAAGGAGCCAAAAGAGCAGAAAACUUCAGACCUAUUGGCUUAGCUAACAUCAAUUUCAAAAUUAUCACAAGAAUCAUUACUACCAGAAUUAGUACUGUGAUUGGCGAAAUGGUUUCUAUACAACAAGGUGCAUUUAUCAAAGGAAUGAAUAUUCAUGAAAAAAUUGCUUGA